CCAGUCCGUUUCGAACCAGUUGGUUGGGCUGGUUGGGGGCAGCUAUGUAAGAUCAGAGCUCACUGUUCUGCAUGCGUGGGGGGCCGUCGAUUUCCGUUUGGGGAGGCGCGCUGCAAAUCCAGCCGCACUUUUCGUCUUUAUCUCAUCGGUUCUCUUCUCAGAUGUUGCGUUCGUGUGUUGCCGUUCCAAAUGCGCUUCGUCCUUCUUCUCAUCGCACGGGUUUAGCUCAAAGGAUUUUUGGGUUUCGUAAAAAAAGGGAGGAAGAUCUAAGGAAAAAGAACUGGAGUAAUCAAUAUGUGAACCCCCAGUCUGCUUAUCAAUCUGGUGACUUUUUGUGCAUGAAUAAAGGCUUGCCAUUGCCCUUGCUGCUGUUGUGGGACAGAGCCAGUGUAUAUGUAUUGAAGUUGCGAACAACACAGAAUGUUGACUGACUUUGAAGGUGCUACAAGGAAAAACGAAGUAGGGUUCUGCGUUUGGACUAGCAGAGAGGUUUGUCAAUCGUUCUCUCAUCCUCAAUUUUUAUUUUUUCAAAAAGUCGAUUACAUCUCAGCCUUAAAUUCACUGUUUUUUUAUUUAUGUUUAAUUUAAUGAGACAAUUUCUGUUA